CUCUUCAGACUGGCUCCGGGAAGACGUACACAAUGGGAAGUGGGUGGGAAGGCGAAGGUGAUCUCGAUGAAGACAAGCGAGGGAUCAUUCCUCGCGCGAUACGAGACCUGUUCUCCGGUGCGGAAGAACGGGCGGAGGCUGCGAGGGCCCAGGGACAGCUUCCUCCAGAGUUCUCGGUUCAAGCCCAGUUUAUAGAGCUGUACAAUGAAGACAUAGUUGACCUUUUGGAUCCGGCUAAAGAUCCUUAUGCUAAGAGUAAUUUAAGGAUAACAGAAGAUGGCUGUGGCGGGGUGCGCAUUGUUGGUGCAUCCAUCCGCGCCGUGAGAGGCAUCAAAGAGGCUCUAGGCGCCCUCAGAGCUGGGGCACUGGCUCGAACGACAGCAGCGACCAAUAUGAACUCUUCGUCCUCGAGGUCACACGCAGUGUUCACUCUAAUGCUGCGGCAGAGGAGGCUGGCCGCUGACCAAGAUGGCACGAGGGAGAUGGAAACGGAUGGAGAAACUCCAGAGCAGUAUGAAACGUUGACAGCUAAGUUCCAUUUCGUGGACUUGGCUGGAUCUGAGCGACUUAAGCGGACGGGAGCGACUGGAGAAAGAGCGCGAGAGGGCAUAUCGAUAAACUGUGGACUAUUAGCUUUAGGGAAUGUGAUAUCGGCUCUCGGGGAUAAGUCGAGGAAAGUAAUGCAUGUCCCGUAUCGGGACUCGAAACUGACGAGGCUGCUGCAGGAUUCACUGGGAGGCAACAGCAAUACGGUAAUGAUAGCGUGCGUGUCGCCCAGCGACCGCGACUUCAUGGAGACGCUGAACACGCUCAAGUACGCGAACAGGGCCAGGAACAUCAAGAACCGGUGCGUGGUGAACCAAGACCUCACCUCCAGGACGAUCCACCAGCUGCGGCAGGAGGUCGCCAGGUUGCAGCUGGAAUUAGCGGAAUAUAAACAGGGCAAACGCGUGAUAUCAGAAAACGGUGAAGAGGGCUGGAGUGACGUGGUACAAGAAAAUGCUAUUCUCACCAGCGAGGUAGAAUCCCUCCGACGAAGGGUCAAAGCCAUGCAAGGGACCAUCGAACAGCUGUCAGCGAGAAAUAGCGAAUUAUUAGCAGAAAAAGCUCUGGGGACUUGGGCGCCGAAAGACGGUAGCCCGGAUGCGUCCGACUGUUCGCUUACUGCUUUGGUACAGGGAUAUGUAUCAGAAAUAGAGGACCUUCGAGCUCAGCUGAUGGAAGCGAACGCUUUGUAUGAAGCGAGUAGACGACGCGAACAAAGGACGAGACAUGACUCAUCUAUUCUGGAUACUUCUACCAUUAUUGACGAUGCCAAACGAGAGCUUUAUAAGGAAAAAGAACUACUAGCGCGAAGUAUGGGUGAAUUGGAAUUCCAAAGAAAAUUAACUGAGAAUUCGCCGAUGGGUGAGAGAGAACGUGCAGAGGGAGAGAGCGCUGGUGACUCGGAUCCAUCAGAGGAAGAAGAGAGUGACUCAGAAGAAGAUAAUGAGGCUAAGGGGCAGCGCCUGCUGAGCGAGCAGCUGGCGGCGCUGAGCGAGGACAUCGACACGAAGGCGCGCCUCGUGGAGCAGCUGGAGGCGUCGCAGCGGCGGCUCGCGGCGCUGCGCACGCACUACGAGCAGCGGCUCGACCACCUGCACCAGCAGAUCAAGGCCACGGGCGAGGAGCGCGACAAGGUGCUCGCCUCGCUCGCUGCCCAAUCGUCGCAGCCGAGCGAGAAACUGAAGCGCGUGAAGGACGAGUACGAGCGGCGCGUGGCCGGCAUGUCGCGCGAGCUGCGGCGCCUGCAGGCGGCGCAGCGCGAGCACGCGCGCCUGCAGCGCUCGCAGCAGCACACCGCGCAGCAGAUACACUCGCUGCGCGGCGAGCUGCAGGGCUUGAAGCGCGACAAGGUGAAACUUGUUCAGCGCAUGCGAAUGGAGUCCAAACGGCACGCACAAGCUGAAGCAGCAAGAGCGAAAGAAGUAGCUCAACUACGUAAAGAAUCUCGCAAGAACGCUAAUUUAAUACGCUCAUUGGAAGCUGAAACUAGACUUAAAGAACAGGUACUGAAACGGAAACAAGAAGAAGUAUCGCUCCUCCGUCGUGGUCACAGGGAUAAACUGAGCAGUCGCGCCGCUGGGAGACUACAUGAGCGCAGCCGCGGGCGCGCGCGCACGUCCGGGCGCGAGCUGUGGUCGCGGCUCGAGUGCUGGCUGUCGCGCGCGUGCGCCGCGCGCACCACGCUGGCCGAGCUCGAGGUGGUGCUGGAGCACCAGCUGCGCCAGCGCGACUGCGCCGCCGCCAGCACCGCCAGCGCCGACCCGGACGCGCCCGACGCGCGCGCUCUGCUCGCCUACCUGCGCGCCGCCAUCGCCGACACGCAGUCGCAGAUCAUGCAGAUCGAGGAAGAAAACGAAGAGAACGAGCUACCCCGGCUGGUGGAGCAGGUGGAGUGCGAGGCGGGCCGCUACGCGCUGGAGCGGCUGGCGGCGCGCGCGCUGCAGCACGCGCACGACGCGGCGCGCUGCGAGAAGACGCUCGGCGACACGCGGGCCAGGCUGGCCGAGCUGGAAGAGAAAUCGGAGCAAACAGCAAGCGCCCUGCGUGCGGCGGAUGAACACAACCUUAACCCGUGGAAUUCUCCAGCGCUCGUCGCCCUAUUGGCACAUGUAUCUUCUGGCACCUCUACCAGAUCAGUAUCGCCUGUGGAUAGUGCUUUGUUAGAAAAUCGACCGACCGUCCUCAGAGAAACAAACACGGCACCAACCUCACCACCAGACGACAACUCACCUUUCCAUAGAAAUACAGGCCGCCGCGGUUCAGUGCGGCUGCGCGACCUCGGCGUGUACAGUCGCGACGAGAACACCGACCCCAUGACGCAGUCGCUCGUGGAGCCCACCUCGCCCAAGCCCGUGCCCCUCAGCCGGGUGCCCAGCGCGCCCGGUAGCCUCAGAGGGCUGCAGCCGCUGGGCGCGCUGGGCGCGCUGGGCGCGCAGGCGGGCUCGCCCGCGGCGCCGCGCCGCGCGCCGCCCGACAGCCCGCGGCCGCUCCGCCGCCAGCACUCGCUCGCCAAACCGGCUUCUUUAGAGGCGUCAGUGGUGUCCGGAGUAGAGGGCACUCCCCCAGCGUCGCCGGGCGCGGCGAGGCGGGCUCGCGAUGAGGACGUGUUCCAGCGGCUGGCCGGAGUGGCGUCGGAGCAAGCGCCCACUGGCACAGUGAGAGAGAUGACCGUUAAGAGAAGCAGCACAGGCGCGACUAACACGUGGCUACAGUGUACGCAUGUCGCCGAGGGACACGUGGGCGCUGCGCUAUCGCUGGCUGCAGUACCGAACGGGCUCUAUAGCGGUGGUGUUGACCGCACGGUGCGCGGGUGGGACCUGACGGCGGGGCGCGAGGCGUGGCGCGCGUGGUGCGGCGGCGGCGUGGGCGCGCUGGCGGCGGCGCAGGCCGGCCCCGUGGCCGCCGCCGCCGGCGCCGCCGUGCGACUCUUCGACACGCGGACCAACACGCCGGCCGCCACGCUGUGGUCAUCAGGCGCGUCUGGAGCAAACGCAGCAGUGCGCGGUGGAGAGUGCGCCAUCACAGCGAUUGCGCUGGCAGAUCCGAAUAGACUGUACACGGCUGCGGGGGAUAAACUGAGGCUGUGGGAUUUACGCAUGUUAGAAUGUAUGUACAAGACGUGGUCGGGUCACACAGCGGCGGUGAUGUGUAUGGCGCGAGUGCCGCUGCCGGAUGGCGACCGACUCGCAACCGGCUCGAGGGACCAUUGUGUUCGGGUGCUUGACUGGACACACAGCAAUGGCAUGUGGGAGGCCAGCAGCCGGCGCCUGCUGGAGCCGCCGCACUACGACGGCGUGCAGGCGCUGGUGCUGCGCGCGGGCGCGGGCGCGGCCGGCGAGCUGCUCUACAGCGCCUCGCGGGACUCCAGCCUCAAGUGCUGGCGGCUCUCUGACAACACGCUGGUGCAUAGCGUGAUGAACGCGCACAAGGGGUGGGUGACGGGCGUGUGCGGCGCGGGCGCGUGGGUGGCGAGCUGCGGGCGCGACCAGGCGCUGCGCCUGUGGAGCCCCGCGCUGCGCGCCGCCGCGCCGCCCGCGCCGCUGCCCGACCCGCCGCACGCGCUCGCCGCCUGCGCCGCCACCGGCGCGCUCUACACGGCCGGCAGUGGCGGCGAAGUGCGCGCCUGGAGAAUUCUCCUCGAGCCGUGAGCGACACACACACAUGCACACACACACACCUAUACACACGCAUACACACACGUUCACGCACACCUACAUUAUACUCACACAAACAUACAAAUACAGCAAAGUACAUAUUAUUUAAAAACGACUCGGAAUGUGUAUUAAAUAGUUGUAUUUUUUAAUAUAUUUUAGUACCGAUAUUUAUUUUAACUAUGUAGUAUGUAGUUAUAUGAAUAUAUAAAGGAAAUCUUAAAAAGAAGCCGUAACGCGUCGUUAUUAAAUAAAGUGUUCUAAAAACUAACAUCCGGUGUGUUUCGCUAGUGUCAAAGAAUUGGCAUCGAAAAAAUAUUUCAACAUUUGCAACGGGCGCGUACGCUGUUGGCGUAUCCGCGCGAACAGGUGACACACGCAAAGUGCGGGACCCGCCACACCCUCGCGCCGCGCCUGGAGAUGACCGACACUUGCGGAACAGUUUGACGAGACCCCCUACUCCUUGUAGAUGUUGUACCAUUACUCGUUUGAGUAAAUAGAUAGACACAAUGAUGUACUCAUUGGUAUAAGAUUAUGAAUCGUACGUAGAAAGAUCUAGAUGUCAAUUUAUUUCACAAAAUGUCACUAGUUUUGUGAAAAUAAACGAUAUAUUAAUUAAAUAUAUUUGAACUGCUUAUAUUAGGCAAGAUUUCAGUGAUUCGAGAAAUCCUUAAAACGUUAUUCGAAUGCUAUAAGUAAAAGACUGCACAUUUAUUUUCGGAUAUGGAAACUUAUACGAAAAAUUUGCGACGUACGGAAUAACAUUCCAUAUACAAUGAAUUAACAUAAUCACGUAUUAUUUUGUAGCAAUUAUGAGGCUCAAUUUUUACCUUUUAAUUUUAUGAUAGCAGAGUACGUAUCUAUUGUUUUGUCCUUUAAAUACAUUUAGAAGAAAGAUUUUUAACCAUUCGAACAGAACUAAGUGAUAUAAUAAAAAAGACAGACAGAGAAUCUUGAAAUCGUGAAAGAUUUUUCUUCUAAAAUAUAUUAACAUUAAAAUAUUACACCUAAAUUGGGCAAGAUUAAAAAAAUAAUGUACUCACAUUUUUUUAGAAUCAUGUGAUCAAGUAUUUACUGUUAAUAAUAAUAAUAGUCGAAAGCUUUAUGAAGACGAUGCAAUUGAAUAUAAUUAUUUCUCUCUACUUGAAACGAAUCAUAUUAUUCUUCGUUGGAUCUCCUGUGUGACGUCAUCGUAAAUUGUGUCGACUUUUUUUUUUUUUUUUUUACAAUUUAUGUAUAGAGGAAAGUAGCGUAAGUAAUAAUCAUAUUUAGAAGAAAAAACAUAAUAUUUUACCCAAAUGAAUAGCUUGUACUACAAAAUGGCCUUCAAUAGAUAAUAAGCUUAAACAAAUAUAUAUAAUGUAGUUGGCCUUAGCUUAGCGUUUCUAAUUCCUGUGAUUAGUCCCAAAUUAUAUUAAAACUCGCAUAUAGUGGAUAUGAAAGAAUUUAGGAUUUAAACAGUUACGCUAUAUACAAUAAAAUAAACUGCAUUCUCGAUAUAUUUUUUGUACGAAAUCAACUUCUAACAUUUAUAUGCUCUUUUGUAACUAAUGAGUUGAACUGAUUGAUUACACUGUAAAUUCUCAAAAAAAAAUUAAAAAUUAUAGGUAGAUGAAAAUCGUCAAAUAAUAAGGAAUUGCAUAUAAAUGUUCUGAUCCUAACAAAUUAAAUGCAGUUCAUUCAUCUUUUAUUAAUGGCAGAGGUUUUCUCUUCAUUUUUACAUUGAUAACUUAAUUUUUUGCGCUUCAAAUUUUAAUUUUAAUAAUAAAACAUUUAAAUAAUAAUUAAUUAACAAUUGUAUUAGCCAAUUCCUGCGCCAAAUUUUACGCACAAUACCUUCAUAUAUUUCCUCGUGUCAAAGAUUUUAUCAUCAUGAGAUACAAAAAUGAAUUAAAAUAUGGUAUGAAUUUAUAUUUAUAUAGUACGACUCUAAAAGCGCUUAUGGAAUGAGUAUUGAGAAAUUUUCUAUCCGUAAGAUUAAACAAGAUCUAUGAGCACUUGAUAUCAACAAUUUUUUUACAUUCCUGCGCUACGGGUAACUCAAUGUUUUAUAAUGAUGAUAAUGUAUACAUUUAAUUUUAAGUUAAUAUUUCGGAAUUGUUAUUUGAAUUAAUUAUUUAAGUGAAUAUAAUUGUCGAAAUUACAAUGUGUAAGAAAAUUAUCCAAAUUAUUUUGAAAUGUUGUAUUCACCGUACAUUCAAGAGAAAUCGCCUGCGUCUCCCUUCAUUUUAUAUAUUUUAUCUAAAUAGAAACCGCAUUCCAUCAGCUCUUAAAAAUAUUCCAAGUUGUUUUCAUUCGGUCUUUUGAAAGUACGGGGCGUAUCUUUCAUUAUUUUAUUAUUAUUAUGUUCUUAGUAUUUAAUUAAUGUGUUCCAUAUCAGUAUUAUUUUUGUGUAUGUUCCUUUUUCUGUUUGGUACAAUUUAACCCACUAAACCGUUAACUACUCACCAGGCUCUGCUUUUGUGUGAUUUUAUAGACUUAAGUUUUAAAGAUGAUUUAUAUAAUGUUAUUAUUUUAAGAAUUUAAAUGAACUUAACGAAUUUUUUUUAUUUGUGUUUCACGGUUUAUUUUAGUUUAGAUUAUUGAAAAAUGUAUAAUCUGUGUGCGCAUUAUAAAGUAAAUAUUGACUGAAAAAAUUUAAGUGGCUUUGUGUCCAGAUAGUUUUCGUUUUAAAUAUUGAAUCUCGUUAUAUUAUAAUCAGCAUUAUUACUAGUCAAAUCAUUGUUAACAAUUGUAUGCAUUUUCAUUUGAGAUUGCCUUUUAUUUUAAUCAUCGAAAUAUUAAAAUGCUAUGAAUUAAUGUGCAAUAGACAAUAUCGU